AUGGCUGAUCUCGGCGUUGUUGGAGUUGGGCUCGGAUCUGCUUCCUUGGGAAUUCAGCUUAUAGAAUUGGGCUCUCAGUAUAUCAGUGAUGCUCUUGACGUCCCUUCAGAUGAAAAGCAUACUAGAGAGUUCUUGAAGAAUAUGACAGCAACGCUAGGUAUGCUCGGAAAACAUAUCAAGAACACAAGAAAAGUUCCGGCCAUUCCUGAAGCGAAUGUCAAUUUGGGACCUCAAAGAGAUCCCCACACACCCAUAGAUACCUGUCGCAGUAAUCUCCAAAAAUGCAUUGACGUUUGUAGGAAGAACAUUCAGAACUUGGAGGUCAACCUAAUGCCAGUUCCCAAAUCACAGGAACCUAGUGAUGGAGACAGAGGUCAAUCACAGGAACCUAGUGAUGGGGACAACGCUCUUUCGCAAGAACCUAUUGACAGGGACGGCGCUCGUUCGCCGGAAACUAGUUUCUGGAACAGCAGUCGUUUCCUUAAGCCGUUCAUGAAGUCGAAGCUGCGCUGA